CGGGAAUAGAGAAUGGCCGCAGUAACCGACGAUUUUGCCAAGAAGUGCGAGUUGAGGCAAAAUGAUACGCUGGGCAGAUUUGUGGUUGCCCUGUGCAACCUCCGAGCUGGCGAGACCGUCCUGCUGGAGCAGCCCAUCGUGGUAUUGCCUUUGAUGGGCCAUCGUCGCUGCUCCAAGUGCUUUAAUCUGACCCAGAGUUUUUGCAAGAAGUGUCGACUUUUGGCUCUGUGCGGGGAUUGCUCGGAACACGAUGAACGCAACUGCCGGAGGCUUGCCGAGAUGCAACUUUCAGAGGAGCAGGUGGAUCUCCUUCAGAGAAAGGAGCAUACCGAAAUUCAGCCGGCCCUAAAAUGUCUGCUUUUGAGGGAGCACAGCGAAACACGACCCGUGUACGAGGAAUUGAUCCAAAUGGACAGCAAAACAGCGGCUAGAAAAGGCACAGACAUUUGGAAAAAUUACCAGGAGCAUGCGUUUGCUCCUCUGGAGAAGUCUGGAGUGCUGAAACAACUGCACGGAGAGACGGAUGAGGAACUUGUGCAGGGGCUACUGGGUGUACUGGAUAUAAAUGCCUUCGAGAUAAGGGCUCCGGAACCGGGAGGCUCAAUGCGGGGACUGUACCGCAGGGCGGGGCUCUUCGCGCACAGCUGCUUGCCCAAUUUGGUGACCGCCAUCGAUGACGAGCGGCGGAUAAAGGUCUACGCCAAUAGGUUUAUUGCCGCCGGAGAGAUCCUCUACACUUGCUACACCAACCAGCUCCUGGGCAACGAGGAGCGUCGUCAAGUCCUUAAGGAGGGCAAGUGCUUCGACUGUGCCUGUCCGCGAUGCCAGGACCCCACCGAGCUGGGCACACACAUGAGCAGCUUCAUCUGCAGUCAUUGCUCCUGUACGGGCGGCUAUAUAAUUCGACAGCCGGAGACGGGAAUAUGGCUAUGCCUCCUUAACCCGGAGCACACACUGAAACAGGAGUUCGUGUCGAACAUGUUGGAGCGGGCUAAGGAGGAAAUAUUUCAUGCCAGGGAAGAUAUUUACCGGCUGGAGCUUCUGCUGGCAAAGUUAAGCCGGUUGCUCCAUCGCAAUCACUAUCUUAUGCUGGACUUGAAGCAAAACAUAGCCUCCAUUUUGCGACAGAUCCUGCAGAACAUAACCCACCGACCAAAUAGGAAGGUGUACGAAAGGAAGAUUCGUUUGUGCCAGGAGAUACUGUUGGUUUUGAAGGUCGUGGCCCCGGGAAUUUCGAGAUUAAAGGCCAUCGCUCUUUACGAAUUGGCCAACACACAGGCGGAGCUGGCCAGAAAGCUGUUCAGCGAACAGGAGCAUAGUGCCAAUGAUCUACUGGCGGAGCUGGGACAAGUCGAAGUUAUGAUGCGGGAAUCGCUGCGAAUGCUUCUCUUUGAGCCGCUGGCCACUCCAGAGGGUCAACUAUCGCGAACCAUGCUUCGGGAGCUGAAAGAACUGCAGGAUGAUAUCAAAAAUAUCCAAGAGUCUAAUGAUGACGUAAAUCAGUAAAAUAUAAUCCCUUGGCAGCUCAACUUAAUACUAUGAAAAUAAAAAAACUACGC